AUGCUCGCCACUUCACUCCUUCCUCUCCUCUUGGUGGGACUCGUCUCUGGGCGGGUGUUCCACCGAGACAACUCUUCUUCCACUACCACCUCUUUCAACUCCACGACCACGACUUCAACUUGCCCCACUAGCACCACCAAAAACCCCUAUGCGGUCAUUCCUUCCGGAUACACUUCCCCACAAAUCGACUACCCCCUCGAACCUUCGUACGCCCACAGAUCUUCAAAAUGGAAAGCUGCACACCGGAAGGCCAGGGAUUACCUUUCAGACUGGUCAAUCGAAGAAAAAGUUCAACUCACCACCGGUGUCGGCUGGGCACUAGGUAGAUGCGUGGGAAAUAUUCCCUCUGUCCCUGAACAUAACUUUUCAGGACUUUGUCUGCAAGAUUCGCCUUUAGGAGUGAGGUUGACAGAUCAUGUAUCUGCUUUUCCAGCUGGAAUAAAUGUCGCUGCUACCUUUGACAAAGACCUCAUGUACCAUCGCGGUCUAGCAAUGGGUCAAGAAUUCCGAGGCAAAGGCGUUCACGUGGCCUUGGGACCAAUGACUAAUAUGGGCAGAGUAGCUGCUGGAGGUAGGAACUGGGAAGGCUUUGGAGGGGAUCCUUACCUCAGUGGUUGGGCUACUGAGAUGACCAUAAGAGGAUUGCAAGAUGCAGGUGUACAAGCGACCGUCAAACACUUCGUCGGAAAUGAGCAAGAACGCAACCGUACCACCUCUUCGUCCAACAUCGACGAUCGAACCCUCCGGGAAAUAUACACCCACCCUUUUCUCCGAGCCGUCGCUGCGGACGUAGCGGCAGUCAUGUGCUCUUACAACCUCAUCAACGGUUCUUGGGCCUGUCAAGAUUCUAAAACUCUCAACGGAGUUCUCAAAACUGACUUCGGUUUCGAAGGUUAUGUCAUGAGUGAUUGGACUGCCACUCAUUCUGGCGUCUUGUCGGUAAACUCUGGACUGGAUAUGACCAUGCCGGGUGAUGUCACCUUCGACAGUUAUACAAGUUUCUUUGGCAGUAAUCUCACCGAAGCGGUCAAUAAUGGAAGUGUCGCAGAAGCGAGAUUGGAUGACAUGGCAGAGAGAAUUAUGGCUGCUUAUUUCCUCGUUGGGCAGGAUCAGGAUUAUCCAGAUGUCAACUUUGAUGCUUUCAAACGGUAUGCCCCUGAGACCAACUCGUUUGUUAAUGUCCAAGAUGAUCAUUGGAAAUUGAUACAACGUAUUGGGGCUGCCUCCAUCGUCCUCCUCAAAAACGAUCAAAACGUUCUUCCUCUCAACAAACCCAAGUCCCUCGUUUUAUUCGGCUCCGACCUCGGUCCCCCACAACUCGGUCCGAACGGCUUCGGCGACCGCGGGGGUGAUGAUGGUACCUUCGCCAUGGGUUGGGGUUCUGGAACUUGUGAAUUCCCUUAUCUAGUCGAUCCCGUUUCCGCUAUCGUUCGUCAAGCCCGAGAAGACGGUACCGACGUCGCAUGGACAUUCAACGAUUGGGAUCUUUACGCCGCAUCAUCUUCCGCUGCCAACGCCGACAUAGCUAUAGUAGGGAUCAAAUCUCAAUCCGGUGAAGAUUACAUUACCGUAGAUGGUAACGAAGGAGAUCGGAAUAAUCUCACCGCUUGGAAUAAUGGCGAUAAUCUCAUCUUGGCCGUAGCUUCCUAUUGCAAGAAUACAAUAGUCGUCGUACAUUCCGUCGGACCUAUUAUCAUGGAACCAUGGAUUGAUCAUCCGAACGUCACUGCUGUUCUAUGGGCAGGUUUACCAGGUCAAGAAUCUGGAAAUUCAUUGGUGGAUAUUUUAUAUGGGAAAUAUAAUCCAUCAGGGAGAUUACCAUAUACCAUAGCGAAGAACAGAUCGGAUUAUUCGGCGGAUAUAUUCUACGUAUCAAGUGAUUCAAUACCUGAACCUCAGGUGAAUUAUGAGGAAGGAUUGAAUAUCGAUUACAGACAUUUUCUCGCUAACAACAUAACACCGAGGUAUGAAUUUGGAUAUGGGUUGAGUUACACCACUUUCGAAUUGAGUAAUUUACAAAUAUAUGAAAGUGAUACAACCUUCGAAUACUUCAACUUCACUACGGAAUUGUAUGAUCGUAUUCUGACCGACAGUCUCCAAAAACCUAGAUGGACAAUCAGCGUCGAUGUUGAGAAUACGGGCUCGGUGGACGGGUGCGAAGUUGCACAAUUAUAUUUGACUUAUCCACCUGAAGCCGGUGAGCCACCUAGGGUGUUGAGAGAUUUCGCGAGGAUAAACCUACAACCUCAAACUUCAGACACAGUCACAUUCACUUUGUCAAAAUACGACGUUUCCAUAUGGGACGUGGUGAAGCAAGAUUGGGUGGUGCCAUCUGGUGAAUUCGGAGUGACUGUUUCCCGAAGUAGCAUGGAUUCGGGGGUUACCACUUCGUUUUGUCCAUUUGGAUGUUGAUGAUCUUCAAUCUUUCUCCAAUGUCGACAAUUACAAACAAUGUUCCAACAAUCUUCAACAACCUUCAACAAUCUUCAACAAUCUUCAACAAUCUUCAACAAUCUUCAACAAUCUUCAACAAUCUUCAACAACCUUCCACAACCUCCGCCAACCUUCAACAAUCUCUAACAAUCGAGAGUCAUCAUCAAUCAUCAAUCGUCUUUGAAUUUUGCAAUAUUCGUGACGAGAACAUCAACAAAUCAUCUAUCAUCAUGUGCAUGAAACUUGACUCUUUUUAUUAGGUAAAAUAUCGCUUAUGAGAAAUAAUAGAAUUCAUUCUGUGUAUAGGGCGGCAUGCGCGACAUGAAGCGUGGGACGGAGAUCAGGUCCCGCUUAUGAAGAGUAAUUCGCAAAACUAGCAUGUGCAUAUGGUAGGAUAUGAAGCGUGUGGGAAACGGUAUCUCGAAUUCAUGAAGGUGGGAUGAGGGUGGGAAGAGAGGAAGAAGGAUCAUGUAGCCAAGUUAUCAUACGACAAUCAUUUAUGCAUGUGCAUUCAACC